AUGCCCUCCUCUAGUAUUCGAAUCUCGUCAACGCCACUGAUCGGCACGUUCAAAGCAUUCUGGAAUGAGCACGGCCUCCCCCGCUGUGUGACGCUUCAACUCCCCCUGCCGCCGAGUGGGCCGAACGUGAGGCUCCCCGCUUUCCAAGUGUCUAAUGAUGCAGAAGAGGGGAUCGAACCUGAUCCCAAAAAUGUGCAGCAACCGGAAGGGACUCCUUCCAGCGGUGCAUCUCAUGGCGAGAGACCGAGCGAGUAUCUACGCGCUCGUUGUCCUCUGUGCUUCGGCGGAACGACAUGCAGUAGUGAGGAUGGCAUACCUGAUAUCAUCGUCUGCAUUGAUGCAUGCUUUACGCAGAAGCGGAGGAAGGGCCAGGGAGGUGGGCGCGAUGAUCCUCGUCAUGCGCGAGAGUCUGUUUUUGUGCCUGAGUCGGAUGUCAAGGACAUGGAGUCAUACGUCGAGAGCCUUCGACCCAGUUCGGACAACAGGCCACAUCAUACACAACCCACAGUGGAGGAGGAGGACGAGUAUGAGCCUGGUCUCAAGCUGCCAAGAUCAGUUCUCGAUGGCUGCCACGAGUCUUUCCUAGCAGCAGAUGAGAAACGUCAGAAGGCAAGUAUGCAACUCUUCGCUGACACGGGUCUCAUGGCGCUGCUGUGCCAUCAUGACCGUGUGCUUUGGUUGGUCAACAUGACCUCUGCGGGCGAGAAGCAGUACUACGCCCUUACGCUUAUCCGCCGACUCUUCGACAAUCUCCCUGCUUCCAUGACUAAGGGAAUCGGGUUUGGGUUGACGGAUGGCGAGAGCUGCGAGAGGUUCUGGAGUGCGAUUCGGAAGCUCAUCCCAUCGUUACGGGUGUCCAGAUACCAUCAGCGUCUUUUCGUUCUCGACACGCAGGUCAAACAUCUUGAUGAAGAGUCGAUGUCCGGGCUUGGGCAUUGGCUUUUCAGGAAGUGGAGUGUAUGCCAGUCGAAGAAGUGUGCUGCCAUUGAUGCACUUCAAAUGCUUGGCAUCGAGGAAGAUGUCUUACGGGCUGAGUGGGUAGCACAGGUUGAAGAACAGAUGAAACCGGCACCGCGUCGUUCGCGCGACAAGGGCAAGCGCGCUAUUGAAACGGUGCUUGCACUGCAGAAGACACUUGUUGCCUACCAGGAGAACAUCCGUGAUCUCGAACUCAAACUUCUGGCUGACAAUGACGUCCUCGACACCCAAGAAAUAGACUUGCAGCUCGUUGAUGCCAGGUCAAAGAGUGCACGGAUCGCUUCCGCUCUAGAACACAAGAAAGCAGCGCUUGGCAUAGGUGAACGUGCGCAGCUCGUGCGACUUGCACGCAAUGUUUUCCUGAGGAUCCGAAUGAAUGCGCGUGCCAUCAAGCAUCGGAUCCGUGAUCACCUUCAUCAGUGCAAGUUCGAACUCGAACGUCUCGAGCGUUCGUAUCGCCAGACAAUCAACAACAACAAGCUUAGCACACAUGCUGAGUCAUCCAUCAAGCGUCGUGAACCCAGUAUUCUGAAGCUCGCGAAGACGUACAAUGAUUUAUGUAUGCAGAUGUCAACGUUAAUUCGACAGCGCAAGGCUCCGCGGUUUGCUAUUGUACCACCUCCCAUUCAGAGCAAUGGCCUCUUCAAGCUUGACGUUGACGACGACAUUUGGCAGGAUGUUGGGCUGGAUGAUGAUGUGGACACUGAUGCAGUUCCUCGAUGGCUCGGAGAUGAAACGGUGCGUGAGGGUAUCAAGAUGCGUUUGCUCUUAGAUCGUUGUAUUGAGGAGGAGAGCCGAUUGCAACGAGAGCGUUGUGCAUUGCAAGAAUGGUUUCAAGAGGAGUGGUUGACCCUGCAGAAGGCCUGUGUCGAUGCAGAUAAUGACAUUGACCUUCUCUAUCUUCUUCAUCGCCGUCGUGAUCGUUUAUCUCGCUUAUGUGUGACUUGGCAGUCUCAAGUCCAUGCGAUUCUCUGUUUGACCCCUAUGAGUUCAUCAUGGGGCCCUUCAGAGCAGGAGCUGAGAGAUGCUGCUGUAUAUCAGGUGACAGGCAAGUGGGAUAAGGAUGAGAGCUUGAUGGCACAAUAUAAUCCAGGUGAGAAUCAGGAUGAUGAUGAGGAACGGGUAAGCUUUGAUCCACCUACUGAUUCUGAAGAUGAUGGAGAGUUGGUGGAUGCAGCAGAGGUGGUGGCCUUUAAUGAUGCAUAUCAUGAGCUCUUAGCUAACCCUGAUCUUGAUACACUUCUGCUGGACAGUAGUAUUGUGGAUGAUACUAAACUCUUACCAGUCUCUCCUAGUAGGUACACUCCUCGCAAGCGAGCUCUUUUGAUAGUUUAG